GGUCGCGUCCUCGCCCUGGGCCUGGCUUCGCAUCUGGUUCGGCCCCUCCGGUUUUCACAGUGGAUUCAGUUCUGAAAAGCCCCCGUAGGCGCAGCCAGUCCCUGGCGAAGGCCCCCGGCAGCCUCAGGCUUUGGGCCAAGGCCGUACCCGGAGGGAGGGAGGGGAGCGUUGGAGUCCGGAGGGACGGAUGGGCCGACCCCUCCUGCGGCGAGGCGGGGCAGGGUUGUGCGGCCUAAGGGGCAGUGCGGCCGGGCAGGGGCUGGACUGGGAGCCGGUCUGGACUUAGACUGCACAUGAGUUGCCGCGGUCGGGCAGCGGCCCCACUUUUGAGCGGAACACUCAGCUGAGGCCCUGGGCUCAUGCCAGCCUUGCGGAAAGCGUGGACAUAGGUAGGUGCCCUUUGAGCGGAGGGCAGGCAGCCUCGGCUGUGGAACUCCGGGAGAGGAUGGUGACCCCCUGGCGCUUCUCUGUCAGGGUCUGCUUGUCCUGCCUAAGGGGUUUUGAGCUCAGAAAGGAACUCAGUCUUUUAAGACCCUCUGGAUGCCCUCGGAAUUCCAGACUCUGUUGGCUUCUGCUUGGCACUUUGCCCAAACUCGUCUCAGUCCAUGGGGACAUUGGUGAGGGGCCCCCUGAGAACUUGCGUCCACAAAGAGCCAGCUGGAGUGACCUGGCGGGAAAUGGGCCCCUCGAGAAAGCCUCUCCAGACGGGUGGCUGGGCUGCGUCCUCCUGCACCUCCGGCUCGGACUCCGCGCUGGGGUUCUCUUGGUGAAGUUCUUCCCCCUCCUUCUACUCUACCCUCUCACCUACCUGGCUCCCAGCAUCUCCAGCCUCUGGCUGCACCUGCUUCUGAAAGCCACCGAGACCUCAGGCCCAACAUACAUCAAACUGGGCCAGUGGGCCAGCACCCGGCGAGAUCUCUUCUCAGAGGCCUUCUGUGCCCAGUUCUCCAAGCUGCACGUCCGGGUGACCCCGCACGCUUGGGCUCACACUGAGCACAUCCUGCAGCAGGCAUUUGGGGAGGACUGGGGGAGGGUCCUCUGCUUUGAGAAGCAGGAACCUGUGGGUUCGGGCUGUGUGGCCCAAGUGUACAAAGCGCGUGCCAACCCUGUCUUCCUGGAGAACGGCAGCACCCGGAGACCGGCCACGGCCUCCAGGCUGCAGCCUUCCGCAGAAACUGGGGCAGCUGCGGGGCUGAGAGAGCUCUUUGGACACCGGGAGAAGGGGUGGUGGCCUCAAGGAAGUCUCGCUGACCAGUCAUUUCUAGAAAGGCUGCUUCUCCCUAAAGCUGAGCUGGGUGGAUCAGACGCAGUCAUGUCUCAGGCGUUGGCACCUGCCCACCCACCUGAACCACAUCACCUCAUCCCUGUGGCAGUGAAAGUGUUGCACCCUGGCCUUCUCUCUCAGGUGCGGAUGGACCUGCUGCUGAUGAAGAUGGGCAGCCGAGUCCUUACACUUUUGCCAGGAAUCAAGUGGCUUAGCUUGCCUGAGAUAGUGGAGGAAUUUGAGAAGCUCAUGGUUCAACAGAUCGACCUGCGCUAUGAAGCUCGGAACCUGGAGCACUUCCAGUGCAACUUCCUGAACGUGAAGUCUGUCAGAUUCCCCACCCCUCUGCAUCCCUUUGUCACCAGGGAGGUUUUGGUGGAAACGUAUGAAGAGAGCGUGCCAGUGUCCAGCUACCAGCAGGCAGGGAUUCCCGUCGACUUGAAGAGGAAGAUUGCUCGGCUGGGGAUCAACAUGCUUCUGAAGAUGAUAUUCGUGGACAACUUCGUCCAUGCAGACCUUCACCCUGGGAACAUCCUGGUCCAGGGUGCUGACGGUCUUUCCCAGAGCCCAGAGGCACAGCUGCAGCAGAUGGAUGUCUGCGACACGCUGGUGGUGUCCGUGAUGCCUGCACGGUGCCCGCUACGCCUGGUGCUCCUGGACGCUGGCAUCGUGGCCGAGCUGCAGGCUGCGGAUCUCAGGAACUUCCGGGCAGUUUUCAUGGCUGUGGUGAUGGGGCAGGGUCAAAGAGUGGCUGAGCUCAUCCUGCACCACGCUCGGGCCAAUGAGUGCAGGGAUGUGGAGCGAUUCAAGGCUGAGAUGGCCACACUGGUGACCCAGGCCAGGAAGGACUCUAUCACCCUGGAAAGGCUUCAAGUCUCCAGCCUUCUCUCCAGUGUCUUUAAGUUGCUGAUGACUCACAAGGUAAAGCUUGAGAGCAACUUCGCCUCCAUUGUGUUUGCCAUCAUGGUGCUAGAGGGGCUUGGCCGCUCGCUGGACCCCAAACUGGACAUCCUGGAGGCAGCAAAGCCCUUCCUGCUGAAAGGACGAGCGUCUUCCCCCUGACUGGCGGGCACCAGGCCUCCGCCGCAGAGUGGAAGGCCGCUCCCAACAGCCUCUCCUGGGGCAGCUUGAACGCUUACGAAGUGUGGGACGUGUGGAGGGCAGACUGGCUUUUCACUCUGAUUUGGCUUCAGCAGCUCUGGGUUAUGUGGGGAAGUAAAGGGAGGGAAGGGUCCUAUCCAUUCAGCUGCAGGAGCUGGGCCUGGUGGAAGACCCUGUUUCAGGGAGAAGGUUCUGUUCAGG